AUGUGCGAACCGUUAGACCUGCCAAAAACGGCCAAAAAAAAGAGCGAUAUCAUAAAUACGCCGCCGGUAACAUUCGAACCGCGGAGACGUGUGGUAAAUAUCAUUUCUCACGAACAUGUGUUAUAUAAUCAACUUCUGUAUAUUUCAAUAAGCUUUGAAGAACCCAUCGCUCUCGUAAUAUCGCGAUCCCCGGCCAAGGCAUUGUCGGGUUAUUUAGACAUGGGCUUGGCAUUGGUCAUGCGCGUGGGCGCUCCUUGUAGAGCGUCCCGCUCUGGUUUACGCGGGUUUGGUUCCUUUCAGACCGUUACCGACGCCUUUACCGCGAUUCAUGAUUUCAGCGGACUUCCGUGGCUUCUGGUCGUGCCCGCUACCACAUUUGCUCUGAGGACUUGUCUGACGCUUCCGCUGAGCAUAUGGCAAAGAAAGAGACUCCUUCAGCAGCGGGACCUGCGGAAAAUUGUACAGGCUGUCACGCCGGUAGUAAAGCUGCGAUUAGCGCAGGCUAGCACGAGAAACGGUAGGGUGAAUGGUGGAGACUCCCCGCAAACGGCUUUAACGCCAGAUCAAAUUACCUUGCUUGCAUUAAAAGAAACACGCAAACGUCAAAAAUCGUUGUAUAAGUCGCAUAACGUGCCAAUGUGGAAAAACGCCAUUCUCCCACUCGUGCAAAUACCGCUUUGGGUCUGUGUAUCAAUGGGAAUUCGGAAUUUGACGCAAAAACAGCUCAUAGACUCGAAUUUGACCCAAAGUUCUCCGCUUCAACCAGCUAAUUCUCUUGGAUUCGAAGCUCGCCUGGGAAACCUAGAUCUCAGCAUGCCGCUUGAAGAUCUACCUAUGCUGGCGCCUUUGGUUCUGGGCACUUUCGCAAUGCUUAAUGUCGAGCAUAGCGGGAGGAUGAUGCACACCACUGCGCUCUCAGUCGUAGGGAUAGAGACGGCGGCUAACUCGACGUCCCGGAUCUCACAGGGCUUGAAGAGCGUGCUCAAUGUGUCUAGACUCAGCAGCAUCUUUCUCAUGGGCAUAUCGUCACAGGCUUCGUUUCUGCUGACAACUUACUGGAUAAGUUCCCAGUUGUAUUCUUUGCUGCAGAACAUGCUUCUAGACUGGCUCUGGCCCUAUUAUCGUUGA